UCGAUGAUGUUGCUGUACGUGGAUUUUAAACGGCUGAUACAUUGUUACCUGAACGUAACAACAACGUAACAUUUGAAUGUUACAAAGUUUUACAUUACAUUUUUCUUUUGUUGAAUUUCUUUCAAGGUCAACGAAAAGCCAACAACAGAAAUGCCGAAUCAAAGAGACGAGGCGGCUGGCGAUUCCCCCGCUGACCUUCCCUGUCUGGAAAAACUUGACUCUCCUACGGGGAGCCCACCCACCGCCUCAUUAUCCAGUCUGAUGGAGCUGGAAAAUUGUGUCUCCAACCUGAGCCUCGCACACGAGAUAGUGGUGAACAGAGACUUCUGCUUCAAACCCAAAAGCCCUCCUACAGACAGCCUGGAGGGCAGAGUGACAGAGAUUGUUCAUAGGGCGUUUUGGGACAGUCUUCAAGAGCAGCUGAACACUGAUCCUCCAAACUACAGCCACGCCGUCGUUCUGCUCCAAGAAGUCAAGACUAUGCUUCAGUCCCUGCUGCUGCCGGGUCACGUCAGACUGAGGUCCCAGCUGGAUGAGGUUCUGGACAUGGAUCUGAUCCGCCAGCAGGUGGACCAUGGAGCUCUGGAUCUCCACAGACUGUCUGCAUACAUCAUCAACACCAUGGCCUCUUUAUGCGCACCUGUACGUGACCCACACAUCCGAGCACUCAGGGACCUGCAGGACCCUGUGGAGCUCCUGAGGGAGAUCUUCCGCGUCCUGGGUCUGAUGAAGACAGACAUGGUAAACUUCACCGUCCAGAGCCUGAGGCCUCACCUCCUGCAGCAGGCCGUGCAGUACGAGAGGACCAAGUUCCAGCAGAUCCUGGACCAGCAGUCAGCCUCUCUGGACUACACCAGCGCUUGGCUCCUUGCAGCAGCGUCAGAGGAGGCGAUGGCCGUCAGAGCUCAGUCUGACUCUCCCGCUCCUGACAGCAGAGGUCCUGUCAGCCCCACUGCUGUCCUCACCAGGGCCUACAUGCGCCUGCUUCACUGGGACCCACACGACCAGAAAUAUCCCGAGACUGCUCUGAUGGACCGAGCUCGCCUGAACGCUCUGGGACAGCAGCUCCAGAUGUUGGUCUUGGAGGCCUCGGUGCUGCUCUUGACCAGCGCUCAUUGUGGAGGCUCUGUUUUCUCCCUGCAGGGGUUUGUAGGUAAACUCAGGCCCGCCAUCGCUGCCCUGCUGGAGGGCAGUCACACCAGGGAGGCUGAGCUGAAGGCUGCACUGCUGGGGAUCGGGGAUGUCGUACUGCAGCAGGUGACCGAAGCUGUGAGCGGCCAGGGAGGAGCAGCGCUGCCCAAGGAGAGCCUGGAUCUGCUGAGAGGACAAAUAUCUGAGCUGUGGAAGCACAACAACCCUGUCCGCACACUCAUAGGAGAAAGGGUACAGGGCUUCCUCCAGGCCAUGCUGCAGGGCGGCCCUGCUAAGAGGAGUCCAGAGCUGCCUGCUUCCCUCAGGCUAGUGGGCGCUGAGCUAGCCGAGCUGGGGACGGCCUUUGGGCGAAUCGUCCACUUCAACAGAACGGUCUUUGGUCCUUUCUUUGCACCCAUCCUCAGGAGGCUGCUGCUCCCACCAGGAGAGGCCGAGACCGCGGAGGACUCACGCUGAGCUGAGGGUGACCCAGACAGCGUCCCGGUGAACUAAACAUAAGCUGCAAUUUGAUGGCUAGCAUUAGCCAUGGAGUGUAAAUACAGUGUGUGGGAGUGUUUGAGAGAAAGACGUUUAUAGUCACAGAAUAUAUGUAUAUUAUAUUUUUUUUAGUUUUUCAACAAAAAAACAUUUAUCAGUUCAUGAGGCAGAUGCUGAAUCAUAAGCAGCAGAAAAACAUGAAAACCUAAAACGCCGUGUGAAAAAAAACAAGCCAGUUUAUACCUGGACAGAAAAUAAUGAAUAGUUCUUUGUAACGUGUUAAUGAGACAUGGCAUUAAGAGUUGUUACAAGUACCUGAUGUAAAUUCUUAAAACCUUUUUGAUUUUCCUGUUAAACACAUUUGUUAGAUUUCAAACGAUUGAAUUCAUCUCGAGAUAAAAACACACUCAGGAAAACACAAAAGUACCAAAGAUGAUGCUAACAGGUUGUAAAUAGUACUUCUCAUUUUGAAAUGAUGCUGGUUUCUUUUCUUAGCUUGACGUUCACAGAUUAUUUUGUAGAAUUUACCAAAGACAGCGUGCACUUUCUUCUCUUUUCUUUCUUUAAACACCUUUGCAUAUAAACCCAAAAUGUACUCAGUGUUUCCCCUGAGGUUGUAGGAGUUAGUGGGGGAGGAGCCAAAAAUUAAAGACAAAACUAAUAGAAUAAAAGUAUUAAUAUCCUGUGAGUAACCAUGGUUACACUUACAACAGGCUGAGUUAAUCAUAAAGGGAAGCAAACUAAAAGCUUUUUCUCCAGCAACGCAAAGCCCAGGAUGUAACAGUGAGGUAAAAAACAAAAUGGACUGACGUUGAAAAGCUCAUGAUAGAUAAGGAGACGUAUGGAAGGCCUGGUUUGCUGCACAAUCCAAAUCUUUGUCAAAACUCAUCAUUUUCAGCUUGUAAGUCUCACUAAGUGGCUGGAAAGUUGAAAACAAUAACACACAUUCAGCCUAACGGGAGGACAAUUUAGUCUUUGAUGUGCGACCAACAGGAGGGUUUUAUAAAUAUGGUCUACUUCCUGUGAGUGUGAUUAUUAUAAAAGCCUGUGAAAGCUAAAACUUUGAAAGGAGAGAUUGGAUGUUUUGUUCCUCCAGUUCCUUCCUUUGCAUUUCUGUUCAAUCUUACAAUCAUUUUACAGACUUGUUUUAUGUUGUAUUAUCCAACAAAGAGGACAUGAGGUUUAUAUCCAUUUUAAUCAAAUUCAACAAAUUGAUAAGAACGGUAAACAUUGCAGAGAAAAAGACAGAUGAUGUAACUUGGAACAACUUGGGCAGAAAAAAUGUUCACUAUGAUAAAUUAUAAAACUUUCUUUUUUCAUCAGUGAUCUAUCGUAUUUCUGUAUCUUAAAGCAACAUUAUGUAGGGAUUCAGUUUGGUGUGCUUAGUUUUGGCGCCCUCCAAAGGUCUCAGAGUGCAACUGCACCAUUGUGAAACACAAAGGAAGCUGUUACUCCACCUCUUCAUAGACAGCAUGUGUUUGUUGGGUGGCGUGAGAAGCCAAAGAAGCAUGUUGACUGACUAGAUACAGUAAAAUAACCAGAUUUUGUGCAAAUCUGACUUUUCUAGUGUUAUCAUUCUGUUGUUUGCAAACUGUUUGCAGGUGUAUUCAGCUGUUACCUCGAUGUCUACAGGCUGUGGCUAGACGGCUACAUUGGGGAGGCUAACUUAUAAUGCGAGUUGAGAUAGGUUUGUACGGUUCCAAACUUUAAGAUCGACACACAACUUUUUUUUUUUGCAUGAGACGCAACUUGGGUUAGAUGAGUUUCUGCACCCGGUUCAGCUGCUAAACUCGAGGCAACGAUGACACAGAUAACGUUACAGCCUAACGUUAUGGCGCUAUGUGUUAUAAAUAAAAUCUGCAGGAUUGUCACUUUCCCAUUAUCAGUGGGUUACAUCGUGCAGGUGACCAGGGCGCUCAGUGGACACAUCAGAAGCCAUCCUAAAAGUCGAAAGUUUAUUGUUCUAUUAGAUCGACUUUGAAACUUUUGUUUUAAGGUGGAAAAGUGAUAUAGUGUUGCUUUAAGGACAUGAAUACAUACGAGUGGAUAACUGAGAUACUAGUCAUGAUAAAGUGUUGUGUAAUUCCAAUCGUGGUACGCAAACUAAAAUGUGCUAAAACUUUUGAGCCAAUCGCUGUUGUCCUUUGACUUUGCUACAUCUCACAGCAGAGGGAUGAGGAAACCUGCAGGAGUCACAGGGUUAAGCAUUGUCUCAGAGAUUGUCUCAGAUUAAUGCCUUGCAAUCUUUUGAAACCAAUCAGGUCUUGCAGCAACACUCCCCUCUGAUUUAAAGAUUUUCUGAAUCGUCAAUGACUCCUCCAACCAAGUACGAAUAAGAACAUAUUCAGUCUACUGCAGCAUUCAAUUUUAUAUCUAGUGUUAUUGUGCAGUGUAGAAUAAUUAAAGGCAACAUUAUUAUAAACAAAUGAUAAAAUGUUUUGCAAUUCAAGCACAGAUUAUGUGGAUUCCUGCUUCAUGUUGGGAUUUGUUCGGAGGAGUCAGAUCUCGGGAAAUGAGCUGUAAAUCUUUUUUUAAUCAUGCAGCACACCAAGUAUUUAGCAUCAAAAUGACAGAGGACUUUUAUAGGAUUGUGAUCAGCAGGCACUUAAGAAAAUGGGAUGCUUAGCUCUGUGACUUGAAUUUAAUAGAACACGAUAAUCACAAACCAGGGCGUUUGUUGAGAUUAGAAGUUGAACCACCCACUAAUCUCCAUAGCAGGGAAAACACUGAACGUGUAAUUGUACAGUAAUUAGCCUGGUGUUGAAUUUGUCACUUUAAAAUCUGAACAGCUGGUGUAAAGUUUCUCUCUGUGUUUGUUUACUCGAUGAUAAAAAAAAACAAAAAACUCAAAGUUGA